AACCAUUCAUUUUUCAGGGAUGCCCAAAAAGUGAGGUUUUCUGUGACACUGAAGCGGAGCACAUCGCCAGUUGCAUGAGAAUUAAAGGAGAAGCGUUCAGGAUUGGAGGAGAGGUGGUCAUGUCCCAGGAGGACAGCCACGAGUGGGAGCUGAGCAAGGAGAAUGUGCAGCCCCUCAGGCAGGGGCGGGUGAUGUCCAGCUUGCAAGAGGCACUGUCGCAGCAGGACUCUUCCAGCCACACUGCUGUGCAGCUUAAAAAACAGGAGUUUGAAGCAGAAAUACGAUUUUACUCUGGAGAUGAUCCUCUGGAUGUGUGGGAGCGGUACAUCAAGUGGACAGAGCAGGCCUUCCCUGGGGGGGGCAAGGAUGGCAACCUGUCAGCAGUUCUGGAAAGGGCAGUGCAAGCCCUCCACGGGCAGCAGCGAUACUACAAAGACCUUCGCUAUCUUAAUCUCUGGCUCAAGUUUGGCGAUUGCUGCAACGAGCCCUUGGAUCUGUACAGUUACCUGCACAGCCAGGACAUCGGCACCACGCUGGCCCCGCUCUACAUCACCUGGGCAGAGGCACACGAGGCCAGGGGCAGCUUCAGGAAAGCAGAUCUGAUAUUCCAGGAAGGACUCCAGCGCAAGGCUGAGCCUUUGGACAAACUCCAGGCUCAUCACAAGCAGUUUCAGGCCCGUGUUUCUCGGCAGACACUACUGGCACUUGAGGAAAGUCCUGAUGGAGACGAUAUGGGAUUGCUGGGAAUUGCGGAGCCUCAGAGAAGUUCGCUGGCAGACCUCAAAGGCAGAGGGAAGAAGAAAGUGAGAGCCCCCAUUAGUCGUGUGGGAGAUGCAGUUAAAGCCUUGAACCCAAACAGAAGCUGCCAGCCUCAGGCUUCUCUACAGCUUCCAAACACUCCAAGUUUUGCCGUAUUUGAUGAAAAUUCUGUGCCUGGACCUGAGAUUCCCACACUUACAGCACAGUCAUGGCCAGCACCGCCAGUUCCCAGAGCCAAGGAGAAUGAACUCCGCGCAGGACCGUGGAACUCUGGCAGGAUUUCGACCCCCUGCAAAAUUGAGCCCAGCAUAAACUGCGUGUUAAGUACUCGCAAACCUGAGGAGCGGGAGGACCCACUGCAGCGAGUGCAGCAUCAGCAGCAGGAUGCUCAGGCAAAGAAAGAGAUGGUGAUGUACUGCAAAGAGAAAGUUUAUGCUGGAGUGGAUGAAUUCUCUUUUGAAGAGAUCCGAGCUGAAAUCUACAGGAAGAAAGCAAGAAAGAAAGACGAGGAUGAAAUACAAGCCAUAGAACGGAAGAAGGAAGAAAUACAAAGGAAAAUUGAAGAGCUGGAACAGAAAUUAAAGAAGAAAGAAGAUAACAAGCAGCAACAACCGCACGAACAGGCAGCAGAGGUAAUGGGAGCUUCCACACCUUUGGCAUUGCAAGGAUUUACUUUUUCCAGCGCAAAAGAAUAUGGGGAGAAACAGCCUCAGUCACAAAGUGAAUUCCAGGUCUAUGAAGAUACUCAACUACAUAAACCAUCUUCUUCUGAGGAUGUAGGUCUGCUUCCCCCACCGGCUGCUGUUCCAUUUUUCUCUAUAUUUGAUGAAUCCACUAUACUUGAUGGCUUUAUUUACAGCCCAAUCAUGGAAGCCAGCCUGGAAGAUACUCACUCGUCCGGUGCUUCUGUCUCAGGAGGUUCUCUGUCCUCUGUUACACAAACAUCUGCUAUUAAAUACCUGCACAUCAGUGAGAAACUGGAGCUGGCUCAGAGCUUGCCUGCUGAAGUGGUUACUGAUGACGACGUGGCUCAGAUCCUGUGGAGCCCUGAAGAGCGUAAAAAGCUUCUGAGUUCUGUGCUGUCAUCAUUGGCUGCUUCUCCAGGUUUUCACUUGGAGGCUGGAGCUCUGCCUCACAUGGAGGUUGAGAAAGACGUUGAGCUGGGAAAUGAGACUUACUGCAUCAAAAUGGAAUAUUGGAACAAUGAAGAAUACAAGAUGUUUUUUGCCAUUCCAACUGGAUGCAUUUUCCAGUGGGAUGCAAAGGGAUUUGCAACAAAGGUGUAUUCUCAGCCUGUGCCUUGGGAUUUUUAUAUCACCCUUGAGUUACAGAAGCGUUUGAAUUCUGACUUUGACCAGAACUUCAGUGAGAAUUGCAGCUGUUACCUGUACCAGGAUGGUUGUGUCAUUUUGCACAAGGAUACAAAUUGCUUCACACUCAGGGAUAUUCUCCAUAACUGUAAGUUCAUCACAAAGGAAAUCAUCUUCUUGAUUGUUCGUGAUCUUCUGCAUGUGGUAGAGAAGCUGCACAAAGCUGAGAUUGUCCAUGGAGAUCUGAGGCCAGAGGUGUUCUUUCUGGGAGACAGGAUCUGCGACGCGUUUUCUAAUGAGGAGGUGGCAAAUGCUCUGAAGGUGGUGGAUUUCUCUCACAGUCUGGAUUUGAGGGUACUGCCUCAAGUCAGCUUGCCCUAUAGCUUUCCCACAGCUCAGACUCCUCAUGGACAACAACUUCUGGCAGAAAGUUCUCUUCCCUAUCAGGUAGACUUGGUUGGCAUUGCAGAUAUAGUCCAUUUGCUGUUGUUUGGGGAUCAUAUCCAGGUCUACCAGGAGAAUUCCAUCUGGAAAAUCAGCAAAAACCUUUCAGAGACCCCUGACAGUGAUUUCUGGAGCAAACUUUUUGAGAGAAUUCUGAAUGCAGAUGGUAAGUCCACAGUACCUCUGCUGAGGGAGUUGAGAGAGGAAAUCAGUGAAAUGUUUGACAGCUCUUUCAAAGAACGACUUUUGUUGACCUUAGCUGCUGUGGGAGAAACUUUCUUCCCGAAGAACUUCCAGUGACUUCAUAGAAAACAAACACAUUUUGUAUUCUAGAGAAGAAUUUGUUGUUGCUUUCUUAUGUUUUCAAAUGUAAACAUGAGAGUGAUUGGAGCCAUUUCUGCAAUACUUCACGUGGGACUUGCUCAAGAAUGUUUCUAUUGCAUGGGUGCAUGGAAAACCUCCUGAGCCUCUACAUGAACCUUUCUGUGUCGGAGCAGUUUGUGAGAGAAAAUUGUUUGUCUUAACUGCCACCUCCCCUUCUUGUACAGCUCCUUAAAAAUUUAACACCUAACUUGCACCACACUCUUUGAAAUGUCUUUGUCCUGCAUUCAGUUGGUCUUUCAAUUGGUGUUUAAUCAAUAAAGUUGUGUUUUGGUA